UGGAAAUUGAAUUUAUGAAGAAAUAAUAUUUACUGAUUUGAACAAUAUGGAGGUGAAACUGUUUUCGAUGCUAGUGUUAAUGUGGUAAAUUGAGACAAAACAAUGAGUGUGGAGGAUUCCCUGGAGAAGAUAAGAUUGAAUAGUAGUGAAGACUUCCUUUCAAAGCAGCACCGGCCCAAUGACAAACUUAGGAACAUAACGUCAGCAUUACGUGAGCGUUGGCUCCACUCAGCGCCCCGCCCAGACAUUGGAAAAACAAUUUCCCCCCACCGUCUGCCCCUACAUAUUAUCCGGAGAAACCUCCAGAACAGGGAGACAUGUAGUGCGCAUGCGUCCUUAGGAAACUGGACGAGCGAGGAAAAAGACAGCAAAAGACAAAGGUGGCAGAAAGAUUUUGAAAAGAAGUGGAAGAAUGAAAUUGUCAAAAGAAAUGCAUCAUUUCAGCAUCGCCUGCCUUACUGCCGUAGUGUUCAUAUCCCGCCAGUCCCUGUACGACAGCUGUCAGCCAGCUCAAACGUAGACACCCAACCCUUCUUCUACACCAGUGACUCUCCCCGCCCCCGCUCACAGAAGGAGAGGGAGCGUGUCAGUCGACACUUCAUCCACCCCCAAUGGAAAUCGGAAAAUAUCUCCUGGGUUAGAUUUGAUCAACCAAAGACAAGGAAAAUUGACAGAUUUAGCUUAUUCUGAAUCAUUCUGGACAAGAAACUGAAUUAAUUGAUUCUGAAAAAUUGCAUUCAUUUGGCUCUGGAAACAACUUCCAAGGUUAUCUCCCUUUCAUUUAAAAUAUGCCAUAUUCUAGAAUGGAGUUGUUCUUAACUCCAGCUUUCUAUUAAAUUUGAUCAUUUAAUUUUAUUUGGCAAAAAUCAGAUACUGACAAAUAAUAAUUAUCUAAUCUUUAUUUAACAGAUAGUUGGUUAAUUGCAUACAGAACCAACAUACAGAAGCAAAUCAUUCUCUCUCUAUGGUAUACAUUAACACUGUAUAAUUAUAAUGUAGGGUGAAAUCUUAAAUUUUCAUACAACUGGUGUACAAUGUAUGAACUGUUGAAAUAAUAUUUCAAAACAUGUCAAUAAACUUGCAUAUCUUGAAGACAAUAAAAACAGGGCUUGCAGUCA